CAGAAGCACAAGAAACUAGCCUCGCCUCUGUGUCACCCACACUAGAACUUGGCACCCUCGCUGCACUCCAUUCCCGUCACUACACUCUGCUAGCCGCCCUCACUUGUCAACAACCUCUGGUAGCCUGAUUGAUACUUUUUUACGUCGUGCAUUAUCCAGGUUCAGGUUGCAUCGAAGCCAGAUAGACUCCCGGGGAUUUAAUUCUUAGCGCUUUCUUUUCUCUUUGUUUCCCCCUCAAACGAUUUCAAUCUCCCUGUUAAUUAUCAAACCGUUGCUCCUCUCAUCUCAACCGUGCCGUGCCGCAAACCUAGACCCCGCUGUGCAAAAAACAGCCCCUCUCGUCAGAAAAGACUCAAACUUGGCCCUCCCGAGGUCCAAGUGUCAAGCUAGGGGCUAAUCGAACCCGCUCGCGCGUGGAUUAUCCCUAAAUCCCUAGCCCUGGCCUGGCCUGGCCCUGAACCCCUGUCUCAAUCCCUGCUGUGACCCCCCAGGCUGCUUUUGCUUUCGAACCGUGCUGUAACCUACGGCUACCGAGGAAGGGAAGGAAAAACGUACGUCGGUGUCCGUCUUCUGAUCCACAGGGCAUUUGACAGCGCGAGAUGGUACCCGGGGCACUCUGAAUGGAACAGACCACUUCGCAUCCAAGUUCAUUUUUAUGUAUCAGUAUCCGACGGGUGGCUUGUCCGCCUGCUAAAGUACGGAUACUGUACUGUACCUUGCUCUAGGUAUUCCCUGUCCUGGUCCUGGCCUGGCCUGGCAGAUGCUCUCUCUCUCUCUCUCCAUUAGCUUUUGGCACUACCUAAAAACGCCAUCCUUCUCCUCCCGUUCCAUUCCCUCCCCCAUCCCGUUCCUCUCUUUUGAUUGAAUGUGAUGAGUUGAGUUGAUGAUCUGUCUGUCUGUUUGUCUUUCAUGUGUGUGAGAGAGAGUGUGUGAGUGACUUUUGCAUGACAAGCAAGUCCAGUGAGAGAAGGUCAAUUUUCUAGCUGAAAGUGCACCUCUUUUUUCUCGUUCGUUCAUCCACCAACACCGUUUAUCACCUCGCAUUGAAUCACUCUCUGCCUUGAUUUUAGUUGCUCACUCACCCUCUAUUUUGUUACCUUCUCUUCUCCUCUCUCUCUCUCUCUCCCUCUCCCUCAGAGGCAUGUUCCAGCCUCAGCCCACACCUUUCGCCUCCUCCAGCUUCGCGUCCUAUGGCCUAGCUUCAGACCUGGACUUUGGCUUUCCCGUGUCUGCUGGAGGUGGAGGUGCUGGCUUCUACAACAACCCGCCUGCACCAUCAUCACAGCUUCCCCAGUCGCAUGCACUUCAAUCGCAAACACAGCAACAGCGACAACCGCGUCUUGUUCAGCAGCAGCAGCAACAACAAAUUCCUCGACAGCAGCACCUCUCUUCUUCCCCCACUGCAGCCGCGCCAUCUGUAUCGCCCUAUUCCUCUUCACAAAACUCCACCUCCAAAGCUUCUUCCUCGCCAACUCUAGCGCAACCGUCGCAAAGCCACCAUCAUCAACAGCAGCAGCAGCAGCUUGACAUUCUACAGCAGACGCAGUACGCAACACAACCUCCUGUUGUGCUCAAGAUGGAGGAUCAAGGCCAACACGAUAUGGCCGCGCAGCAGGCUGCUGCAGAGGAUUAUCAACCUGUUCUUGAGGGUCUCGCAGUAGGGAACAAAGUCUCGAGCGAUGUCAUCACCCACGAGUAUGCCAAAGCCGAUCCUGUCUAUGUCGAAAAGACAAUCUCUCUCCCCCAAACCUACUCACACUUCCGCCCCAUUCAAGGCGACGGUAACUGUGGAUGGCGAGCAAUUGGCUUCAGCUACUUCGAGAAACUUGUUGAGUCGGGGGACCAGGCCAAGAUCGAGGGCGAGGUGGCACGUCUUAUGAGCAUGAACCAUUUGCUGGGCUCGGUUGGUGGCUAUCCAUUCUACGACGACUGGUCAGAUGAAAUGUUUGACUUCUUGCGCGAAGUCGCUCAGAAUGUCGCCAACCCCCAGUACGCGCAUUCAUUGAUCCAAGCCAAGUGGAACGACCCUGUUGUGUCGAGUAACAUCAUUUACUACCUUCGCCUACUUACAGGGACAUACCUCAAGCUCAAUGCUGCCAAGUACGAUCCUUUCGUGACGGACGGAGGUGGUGUUGAAGCUCACUGCCGGCAAUGCGUCGAGAUUCCCAACCGCGAGAUCGAGCACCUCGGUAUGUCCGCCUUGGCCGAAGUCCUCCUCAGACCUGCCAACUUAGUACUUGAGAUUGCGUACCUCGACCGCAGUGCAGGUACUCAAGUCAACCAAUACCGUGUGCCCGAUGAACUCAACACCCAAGACGCCAGCACACUUGGCCCCAUUAUCUAUCUGCUCUACCGACCCGACCACUACGACAUCCUGUACAAAGCAUCCACCAUGCAGGUGCUUCGUGUCAGCGGCUUCACCCACAACACUACCAUCACAACCGACCAAGCGGAUCUCGGACAGUAUUCGACCAUGAACUUUGAUGCGUUGUCUAUCAUCCCGGGCUUCAGUAGCACAAUGGGAGGGCUUGCGCAGCUCGCACCACCUCAAGCCAGUUCGGCGCCAGAACAAUUCUCGCCUGUGCAACAGAGCCCAUGGAUCUCAUCUUUCCCCGAACCUUUGCCUGCUACGACACCGAGAGUAGCGCCACCGCAGCCACCACCCAUCAUGGCAUCUCCUCAACCCCCAACCCCACCGGCCUCGAUAUCGGGAAGUUCUGCGAUUGCGCCAAGUCCAGCGAUGCUACCUGCGCCUGGCCCAGGACCUCAGAAUUCGCUCCCCAUGCGAGGCGCUUCAAGCUACCACAUCCGAUUCAGUCCUGUUCAGCUCGACUAUGACGAGGGCAAGAACAACUUUCCGGAAUCGACGUAUCAAGUGACGACCAACACGUUUAAGAACAGUAUUUGGAACCGAGCCCACUACUGCAACCCCAACUUUCACCCCGAGGAGUGGAAUCCCGACGACGAGCACACGGAUGGGAGAGUCGGGAGUAAACGCAAGCCGAAAAAGGAAUCUGCCUAGUGCGACGACUUUUCACACGAACACGGCCAAGGCAUUGUCGGCUUUACUAAGAAACGACGGCCAUGAAUAUUACUAGAUGACGGCAUUUGAGAACGACGAUAAGUCUGGUUCGCAAUCAGAACUGAACGAGAAAAGACGCAAUCAGCAUUGGCAGGGAGAGACAACGAUCAGAAUUGAGCAAAGGAUAUGGGGAUGUACACGACGCUGAGCCCGGAGUGAAGGGGGAUUAUUCAUUUGGUGGUUGGGCAGGCUAGCGAUGCUUAGUGAAGAUCCUUUUUUAUUUCUGCAUUCUUUAAUGGACGAGGACAAUAAGGCGGCGAGUCUGUUUGGUGUGCACGAUUAUGUUGGUGGAGAGUGAGUACGAGACGAUUGCCUGCAUCAUCAUUGAUGGUGUCCAGGUCUGAAUAUGGAUUAUCACGAAGCGACAUGAGAGAAGCCCUUGUUUCUGACGAUGGGCAUCACGAGGGAGCCUACGUUGAGCAUGGCUGCAUGGAUACCACGAGGUUUACGCAAGAGAAGGAAUCCUUGAAAGUAAUGGGGACCGGACCGGACCAAGCAUUUAGGAUACUGGAAAUGGGCGGCAAUUUGUGGGCUCUUUUCUCGAGCCAGUUUCAAGACAGGCAACAAAAGGAAAAAAAAGGCAUACAUCCGAAGGAAACUGGGUCUCGGACGAUGAUGGUCUUGGCUAUCAGGCCAAUUGGCAUGUCUCGCAGCACGCGUUGUUACAGCGUGUCUUUGCAGCAUACUUUGCUCAUUGCAGGCAUGUGUUCUUACAGUGUGUCUUGUGGCAUGUCUUGUUUACACGUCUACCAUCAUGGAUGUCUGGUUGAGCCCUCAUUUGUUGCGCCUUGUCAGUUGCGUCAUAGCAUCGGCGUUCUUCUCUAUCAGGUCACACUUCAACUUUCUACUUCUGCUUCAUCUUUGAGACCUUUUUAUUUUAUUUUAUUUGGGACGUCUUUUUAGUGUGGAACAACAUCAGUACUUGGGACUUUAUCGAGUGGGUUGGGAUCGAGUUAUUGUAGCGAGAUGAGUCUUGGGAGUGAGUGGCAAUUACUUGUUGCCAAGGACAUUGAAUAGCAGAUACCUCUAUCUCGGCGAGAUAGUUGUAUUUGGGAAUAGCUUAAUGCAAGAAAUUGUCUCGUCCAUUGACUCAGAAAUACAUCACAUCGCAUCACACACGUAUGUACAUACCUUAUCGGACACGACAUGACAUGACAUGAGAUGCAAUGGUUCCCUCGAGCCGUUCCGCUUCCGCUUCCGCUGUGCCGCACCAUGACAUGUGAUCCACUGAAUCGAGGGAAUGCAUG